AGCGGAGGAACGCGCGCGAUCCGGACUCAGUUACGCGGCGGCCGGCCACCCGUGCGAGUGUACCGCUCUCUCUCUCAGAGUAUAGUCGAAGGUCCAACUCUCUCAGGAUCUUUCACCUGUCGUUUCUCGUUCGCUCUCUUUCUCUCUCUUAUUCUCUUUCCGUCUCGACGACGUCCGCUCGGUGUCUCGCGGUUUCGCGCGUUCAGUAUCGUGCGGGAUUGAGCGUUUUCCUAUCCCGAGGGUGGCCUGCGAUCUCCGCGUGUUGAUCGUCGCGUUCGGAACUUGCGGAGUGACGAUCCCCCAUCGAUCCGCCCAUCGGUGUUUCGAAUGGUAAUCGCGAGCGCCGGUUCACCUCGCGAUUGAAUUGGACUAAUUGACGACAGGUGCAUCUAAUCUAAGGACCUAAACUCUAACUGAAAGAACGACGAUGUCGUCCGGCACGGCGACGCGGCAGCAACGCUAAGGCAUCAGGAUUCUGCAUGCGAGUACCCAGAGCGGAAGUAUUCGGGCUCCUCGGUGGGGCGCUGACCUCCGACAACAUCAUCAGGAAGGACUCGCCUUGCCCUACGACGACGCACGCAGGUCGGUGAUACAUCGCACAUCACAUCACGUGUGCUGUCUCACGUUCGUUCAUUCGUUGUUGCGCGGGAGGAGGCCGUUCUGCUCCUGUGUGUUUUGUGUAUGUGAGCGUGUUUUGCGUGUGGCAAUCGCGGAUGAUCGCGGAGCGGGCGCAUUCACCGUCAUCUCCGUUGACAGCAAGGGCAAUCCUCAUCUUUUCUUUCUUCCAAUUCAUCUUUUGCUUUUCCUCCUCUUUCCUUCUGAUCUCUUUCUUCCACUCGUCGCCGGCUCUCUUGGCACGUUACUCUUCAACUGAUCGAUAAUCAAACAAUCGGGAGAGCAUUCGGUCGACUGGCGGGAGUCACGUAGCGGAUUUUCGAUCGUGCAUUGCCGCAAGUCAGAUCUCUCAUUGAUCUCUCGUUUCUACUUCAUUUUCUUUCCCUUCCUCCCUGCCUCCCUACUGCUGUCCAUCCGACGACCGGCGCGGCGCGCAUGCUUCAUUAUUAAAGGGAUGUGAUACAUCGAUAGAUGAUGCCAGUUUUUUUCGCGUAUCUCUUUGAACGCAACGCAAUUUUUUGACAACUGAUCGGCGUGGACCGUGCAACACACACACACACACACACACACACACACACACACACACCGAUCUGACUCUGUACGAUCUCAUCAUUCGUGCAUAAGAAUUAAAAAGGGACCUCUCGAAGCACCGAUAUUCGGUGUCAGACCAUCCGUCAGAAUCUAGAGCUCCGAUGCACAUGCCGAUCGGAGCGAACCCCUCGCGUUCAGAUACACUGGAACUCACGUGACGAUCCUCGCGGAUCUAUAGAUCGCGAACGCGUCUACCACACGGACUAUUUAAUUUUCGGUGUACAUCGCGGAAUCGCGAAUCGCGCGGGAUGCCACGCGCGAUCGGCGGUCGCCCGAUGAGCAGCCGCCGCCGCGAUUGAACGAAUUGCGCGAGGUCGCAAGCGCCGAGGCCGCCGCUGAUACGCGCGAUGCGCACCACCGUCGAGGACAGCACCGGCAACGAAGCGACCGGCGGCGUCGCGACGCACCACCAUCAUCAGCAUCAGCAUCGCGGCAUUCCCGACGUCCGGCACCUGGGCGUCGAGCAGCAUGAGCGAUCGGCGGCGGUGCCGAUCCAUCUGACCACCGCCACGCCGUACCAUCAGCUCACCAUCGCCGCGGACACCAACAACAAUCACGACCAUCAUCGGAACCUCGAGCACCACGCGGCGCAACGUCACGAUCAUUGGAACAAGUGGCAACUGCAUUCGCCGAACGGCGAUAGCGACAACAGCAACGGUAGCCAACGUGCUGUUACUCGUAGCGAGGUAGAGCAGCAGCAGCAGCAACAACUACAUCGCCAACGACUGCAGCAACGUCAAGCGACUGCUACCGUUCCGGUUCUCGCCUGCACUAAUCAAUCGUCUAUCACCACGACUACGACCGCUCUCACAGUGGCAUCAAGCAUGCUACUUUUGCAGACACAGAGUCCCUUUGGUAGUUUCGGGGAGUUCCUGAACAGCCCUUACCCAGACGCUACGGAUGCCGGAAGCUUGCCCGAGGAGUUGGACCCCUUUCCGGAGUUGCAACUCGGGAAUCCACAGGGCGUACCUCCGGUCGACGACUCUCACCAAAGCGUACAUCAUCAGCCAUCGCAGCCACCACCACCCCCACCCCUCCCCGAAGACAUCCAAGCGGAUUCGCUUAGUCCUACGCCGUUACCGAGCUUCCAGGAGACCUACACGGUGCAGCGAUACAGGCAGGAGCUCCAGGGUCUCGGUAUAAAGAUGGACGAUGAAUGCUACGACAGUUCGGUAUAUUCAUGCACUCCUACUCAUUACCCGACCGAGUUCUCGUCCGCGGUGUCCUAUCACGAGCAGCAGCCGCAACAGCAGCACCCUCACCAUCACCCGCAGCAUCAUCAGCCGCAGCAGGCUCCGCAUCAUCAUCAAAGUUACUUCCCCACGGAAUCGGCACCCACCUCGACAACGGCAGUUAUACCGCCCUCCAAUCAUCAUCGGCAGGACCCAUCCUAUGGGGUGGCUGUCACUAUGCCCAUGGUUUACGGGGCACCAUCAGCCAUUGCAAACGUCGCCACUCCCGUAGUUCCUACUGAUCUCUGUCCCAAUGUUGACGCCAGCGUCGUCAUUGGUACUCGGCCGCGAAGAGCGUCAUUGCCCACCCAAAGAUCAGAAUCGGCAAGAUCAAUGCGCGUCCUGUGUCGUGUUAACAGUAGUGGGAGCACAGAUUCCCCGAAGCCGCGUGGUGGCGGCGGUACCGCGAGUUCCGUCAGUUCGCCGUCACCCGGAAGCGGCACCAGUGGCGAACGCGCACCUCCGAGCCCGAGCCAGCUCUGCGCCGUGUGCGGCGACACCGCGGCCUGUCAGCAUUACGGUGUGCGCACAUGCGAGGGCUGCAAGGGCUUCUUCAAGAGGACCGUGCAGAAGGGCUCCAAGUAUGUCUGUUUGGCCGAGAAGGCUUGCCCGGUAGACAAGCGCCGGCGAAACCGUUGCCAGUUCUGCCGAUUUCAGAAGUGCCUGAUGGUUGGCAUGGUCAAGGAGGUCGUUAGAACUGAUUCUCUGAAAGGCCGUCGAGGUAGGCUGCCUUCAAAGCCCAAGUCACCGCAAGAAUCCCCACCGAGUCCGCCGGUCUCUUUGAUCACCGCUCUGGUUCGUGCCCAUCUGGACACAACGCCGGACAAGGCAAGCCUCGAUUACUCACAGUACCGACAACCUAGACCGGGCGAUCCUCCGAUGACCGAGGCUGAGAAGAUUCAACAGUUCUAUAAUCUAUUGACAACCUCCAUCGAUGUUAUUCGAAACUUUGCCGAUAAAAUCCCCGGAUUCACGGAUCUAGUGCGGGAAGAUCAGGAACUGCUCUUCCAAUCGGCCAGUCUAGAACUAUUCGUGCUAAGGCUGGCGUAUCGCACGCAUCCGGACGACACGAAGCUGGUUUUCUGCAACGGCGUUGUCCUCGCGCUGGAGCAAUGUCAGCGCAGCUUUGGCGAUUGGCUGCACAGCAUUCUUGAUUUUUGCAAAGCCCUCCACUUCUUGGAGGUCGAUAUCAGCGCCUUCGCCUGCCUGUGCGCUCUCACCCUGGUUACUGAGAGGUACGGAUUGAAGGAACCGCAGCGCAUGGAACAGCUGCAGAUGAAAAUUGUUUCGUCCUUGCGCGAUCACGUGACCUAUAACGCCGAGGCGCAGAGGAAGUCGCAGUACCUGUCAUACCUACUAGGGAAGAUACCGGAGCUGAGGAGUCUCUCGGUCCAGGGCCUCCAGCGAAUCUUCUACCUCAAGCUGGAGGACCUGGUGCCGGCGCCACCCCUGAUCGAGACGAUGUUUGUCGGUAGCCUGCCCUUCUAAAACCGAGUCGAGCAGUCUCGCCAGCACAUAGAACAAUUACUUUCUCAGACCCAUGCGGUUGCGUUAUCUAAUUCGUUCUAAUUGCAUCCUUCUUAGUUUGUAUUACACGUAGCUUUACUCUCUUCUUGCGUGUAACCUCGUGCGGUUCCGCGGAUACGUUCGGUUCUCGACGACGCCCCGAUGACAUCUUCUCGCGCUGUGCGGAGGACAUCCUGAAAGGGCUCGUCGAGCGAGAGAAGCGAGGAGAGCCGUUACUGAUCGUACGAGCGAGCGCGGAUGGAAACUGUCCGCGCGAACGCGAACGCUAAACUUAAGGGAAAGUUUGUUGUACGUACAAGUUGUAUGAGCGAAUGAAUGAGCGCACAUGUGUGAGUGUAAGCGGAUGUAUUCAUCACGUGCGAACGUAAGUGUACAGAACGUCUUGAUGUAGGUCUUUGCAUGCGCGACGUGGCGGGUGGCGGGUGUCACACGUCGCCGUUAUACUACUAAUAGUAAGUGCACUACAACAUAAUUACUGCUGCUGAAGAACGGAUCGGCGCGAGCCGACUGACGAUGAGGCACGGGCGGAUAAAGGAAGCGGGCGCGAGGCGGGCCGCGGCGAUUUCGCUAUUCUCCCUUCUAGCUGUAGUAGAUUUCGUGCGGACUUGGGUGUGGACAGGAGAGAUCCCUCUUUCUCUCUUACUCGCAGGAAGGCUCUCCGCGCGAAUUUUUCUCACUUUUCUACCUAGUUUGUACGAGGCUCUCUGUGCUCGCGCUUGGCUCGCCUCGUCGCUCCGACGGCCCACGCGCGCGACCCGCCACUUCUUGGACACGUGUAAUACCUUCGGCAAAAUACCUUGCCCGUCGCGAGGGAAUGCAUUGGCGAUUCGCAACAUAUCAGAGCAACGGCGGGAAGGGUGGAUAAGACGCCCCGUCCGUUUUGACAGUAGACGUAGGAUGUGACUGUCGGUCACGCUCUCAACGGUCGGACGAUGCCGAGUGCAGACACAUCGAUUGCUCGCUCGAAUGCAUAAUAAGAAUCGAUGCAAGUUAAGUAUAUUCUUUUAUUUAUUUGUUUUUUUUUGCCGUUUUAUACCAUGGACGUAUCUGUCCUGAGAUGACACGCGCUUUGCGUUCUCGAGGCAAAUAUGAUUGAACACAAUGAAGAAUAUUGAAUAAGAAACUUGUCAGUGGAUACUAAGAUAUAGACGAAAAACUGUGAGUUUAUGUGCAUUUAAAAGCUGCAACGGGUUGCAUUAUGCGUCCCACGGGUAUGCUAAUGAAAAAUGAAUUUAGGAGUGGCGCUACUAUUUUAUGAGUUAGAUUGUAGGAAAGUUGAUGACUUUUCGACUAGAUACAUUUCAAUCGUGGUAUUUUUAUACACACUUUUUACAUAUUUUAAAUACAUCCAGCUUUUAAUAUUAUUAAAAAUUGAACAAGUUUUUUAGCUACCGGAGUUAUCGCAAACCGUAAAUUUUCACCAGACAUUUUUGCAAGUACUUUACAACUAGGCACAUUCAACAAUAAUUAAAAAUAGCGUUAAAAGUGUCGGCAAAAAAUUGUCAAGUAGAAAGAGUUUAGCAUAUUCGAGAACGGAGUAGCGCGUAGGAAUGGAUUUCAGCAGCCUCGCACUGCAGUUUAGAUAUUUUGGGAUACCAUGGGACCUCCUCAGAUUCCAUGUGUCACGUGUUCUUUUUUUUUCUUUCACGUAACGAGCUCGGCAUUGUCAACUGCCGUUCGAGCGCCAUCCGAAGCGCAUGGUCGAUGUCGAUCGACCCUUUACCACUACUCUUGCGUUUAUGUGAUUUUAGAGAGCUAAGGCGAACAAACCACGGGCCCGCCUCGUUUGGGAAUGCGAGACAAGUUGAAUUCAACGCGAAACGGCGAGGCGGGCCCGGCUUAAAGUUACCUAUUACGUUAUGACAUUUACUUUUUUAAUCAAACUAACGUAGAGUGUCCUAUUUAUAUACGUAUAACGCGCCGCUACUACUACUACUUAACUACUACAACUACUUUACUAUACCGUUAUACUUACUACUAUUCAUUGAUAGCGUUACUACUCUAUGGCGUUACUACCACUACUACCACUGUUACCAGCGCUACCUUUACUACCACCUUGUGUUACCAUUGUCUCGCUACAGUAAGCUUCGCCGUCGUUGUCGUCGUCGUUAAAAUGCAUCCCUCAUUGCACCUGUAUCCUACGAUCGACGCGAUGGACGGCAGAGGAUGCUGACCGAGGCUCUUAAAUAGGCGUCCUCGCCGCCAGGAUUACCGCAGUCGACAUGCAUCUCUGUUUUUGAUGUAUAUCUUGAUAUUUUAUCCACGUUCAAGUACCGUAAGAUAAAGUAAGAUUGCAUAUCGGAAAUAACUUCGUAUUGGAGCGAAAAGGGAUUUCACGAUUAUUUUCCACCCAAUGUUGAAUAUAUUUAAAUAUAUUUAAAUAUAAAAAUCUUUAAGUACUUAUUCAUUUGCUAUUUCGCCUUUUAUCUUGAUUAAAAGUGUUAUAUAUUAUUAAAAUUUUUUUAUUACUCUAUUAUAUUAUUAAAAUUAUAUUUUUUGUAAUUUUUUUGUAGUUGUUAAGGUUUCUCUUAUUUCUUUUAUAAUUAUAGUUUUAUUUAUAUCGAGAGAGAUAACGUUCACGGAAGUAAUAGUAAGCUUUAGCCCCAACCGCCAUGGUUGCUUUAAUUAUCUUCUUAGACUACGUUAGAUAAUCCUGAGAUCUAUUUUUGUUCGGGCGCAGUUACCUUUGCCUGUGUAAUCUUACGAUAAUCACCGUCGUCAUCGCAACGCGAUCCGAUCGCUUCGUAACACGACAGAUCAGGCAUUGUCCUUACACCGCGGUCCACACAGACACAUGUACACACGUACACGAACAUACAUAAACAAUGACCACCUUAAUUACCUGUACAUGCACAAUAAGUAUGAUAGUUACAUGUGUAUAUGUUAAUCUAAAUUCGUGUGUAUCCGCAAAUGUUCGACGUUUCGCAGACAUGACGGAAUCAAUACCUGGAUCUCGAAUUUGCUUUUAACUAGCUACCUAUAAUUGUGAUUAUUUGUAUUAGGGUCUUCUGUAUUUUGUUUAGCGAUAUCAUUCGCGUGAUAUUUUCGAUUCGCGAUGCACGAUACAGUGCACGAGAGAAGUAAUAAUAAGAAAUAAUCAAAUACUCGCGUUCGAUUUCCGUCGCUGGAAACGGACCCAUUUUACCGUCAUUCAACUGUUUCGAUUCCGAAAGCUUUUGCGAUACUUCAGAAAUUUUAUCUCAAUUCUUGUUACUAAUUGAAAUUUAAUGCUUUGCGGCCUGAAAAUAUUAGGCACCAUUUUGUGUCGAGAUAACUCAAAAUCUGAAAUAGAAAUAAUAGAAAUUAAUCUGAAAAUUGUAGAAAAUGAUUUUUGAAAAUAAUAUAUCGCUCUUCAAAAACGCGAUCGGCGAUCACAGCGUAAUAAUAUUAGCUAUGCCCAGUAAUAAAUUUGAUUGCCAUAUGCAAAUCCAUAAAAUAAUUUUGGCCGUAAAGGAUUAAUUAAUAAUUGUGAUAUUAUGCUACUUGUUAAUAAAUAUUACAAAGGAACGGUUUCCUAUAAAAAUCCGGGUUUCGCCAUGAUGAUCAUUUUAACACAUUUGUGAUGUGAAAUUGAAAAUCUGAGGUUUUUAAGUAAAAAUGUUAAAUAUCCGAUUGCUUAUAGUCAUUAACAUUUGUGAUAAUGUAUUGGAACAAUAUUGUCUAAUAUAAAUUACAAUAUAAUGGUAAUAUAUUUAUCACAUGGCGAAUGCAAUGGACACCGUUGCUACACUGGCUGAUAUAGGCGCAAUAAUUCUUAUAUCGCAUGUAUGUGUCUCGCGUUUGUUAAUCACUAGCGAUGACGUUUUAAAUAAUCAAUCUUAAUACUCUAAUUACUCUUUUUACAAAGGAACAAAUCAAUUCCGUUUCCAGCGGGCGCAAAAUCCGAUAUCAAUACAAAAAAAGUGCGAAACACGCAAUGGACGACAUAUCAAGUUCUUCCCCCUCCCCCCCAAAAUUGUAAAACCGUUGUAACCGUUGUUAAAUCAGAUGAUUCAUUAAUACGAUUCAUUAUACACGUCCACGUUUGCGGAUGGAUACGCGCGCAAGUGUUCAAAAGACAAAACGCCCGGUAAGAAUGCAAGGUAAACAGGAUCCGAGGGUAUAAAGGCUCGAGCAACCCUUGCGAUCGAAAUUAAGAUAACGCAUAUACGAGAGAGUCGAUUCAGCUCCCGUUCGAAGGAUACAAAUUUCGUAAGGGCUUGUUCUCGCUGGAGAAAACUGAUUCGCGCCAAUCGAAAUCGAUAGCAAUAAAAUAAGGAGGUUUUUUUACCAGACCGAUGCCAAUGUUCUGACAGAAUAUUUUCUAGGGAGGAAUAAAGCGUUUAUGAGCUACGGAUUGAAGAAUUUAAGAAUUUAGAGAUACAAAAUCUUGCCUUUUUAGAAUUUCUAAAAGUAAUCACUUUUUGAAAAGUCUCUAUAGCUAUGAGAGAGCGUAGUGAAUAUUCUAGGCAUAUAGAAACAAUAUCAAUGUUGAGCUUUGAAAUUUUUACAAAAUAAUGUCUCGGUAAAUAUAAAUGUUUUCUUCCGUCCGUUGCGAAGACAAGUAAUUUAAUAAUGAACUAGUCGAGCGAAUUGAGAGAAAACCCCAGGAGAUAAAAAUAUAGAAGAAAAAAAGAGAUAAUUUUGUAUUAACGAUAAUAAAAUCGGGUAACACAUUGGCAUCGGUCUGCGGCAUAAUUAAAACAAAAAUCAUUUUUCACAUUUGUAAGAAACGUUUUGGCACAAUUGGAAUUCUCGAGGACGAGCGCUUUUUACCUGAUACUCGCCUUAUCUCCUCCUCAUUCAUAUCAGUCUUCAUCUUUAGACGAAGCACGUAGAAGUCCUCGAACGUAGAAAUCGACUUUCUCGCCCAUGCAAACAAAGCGUUGAGUCCACAGGGGGAUUUCGGGAGAGGAGUUAUCGGUCGCAGAAAAAUCGAGAUCGAAAUUUCGCCCAGGGCUCGAGUAGAACGAAAGAAACCCCGACGAGUUACGGCCUCCGUUAUACGGAAGAUGGGGUUUUCGCGGCGAUGUAUUUUUGUUCCUAUAUAUCUUAACACGAGAGUCCGCGAGCGAGGCUGAUGUCUUCCGCUCCUGAUCACGGAAAAUCGUCCUUGGACCCAGCGCUGCAGCGAAUUAUUUUUUACGAGAAAUUGUCAUAAAAAGAGAACAGGCGAGAAGGGAGGAAAACGUGAGAAAGAGGAGCAGGGAUAGGUGCGCUAAAUUGGAUCGUUCGGGCGUGAACAGUAAGAUCGUCCUCGCGACGAAACGAACGAGCUCGUCCCGACGUUGUUGUUUAAAUCGAUUAUCUGUCAUUACUGUAACGAAAUAACAGUCAAUUCCGUUAGGUGUAAAUCUAUCCCUUUUUCCCCGUUUCAUCGAUGUAUACAAUAAAUGUUCGAUCAAGAGAUUAUUUAAUUUCUCUUCGAAAUUUUGUUAAUAAAUUAUUUUCUCGAUUGACAUCGCAACUCAGUUUAUUCGAGGGCAUUAUCUAUCGCUGAUUCGUGAAGCGGCGGACGUUUGCGUACAGGGUGUUUUCCACCGUGAGAACUAUACGGAAGUUGUUGGUUCUCUGACAAUGAGUGUUCAAAAUGAUGGAAAGGUAAUCAUCAUGAUGUUACAAAGCACAUAGUUUAUUAUUUGUAAACUUCUCAUUUCUCCUACAUUUUUUUGCGAAUGAAUUCGAAAUUUAGUCUCUCUCUUUUCAGCACUUUUCGCUUUAUUCCUCAAUACAAAUUACUAAAUUUUAUCUUUUCAAAGCAAAAUUUCUGAAUUAGUUUUCAUGAUCAUUGUCGAGAAAAAAGUACAUUUAUUAGUUUUUUCUAUGAAAAAAAAAAAAAAAAAUUACUUUGGUUUUCAAUGAUUAAAAUAUAAUUAAUUUACUCGUGAUUUCUUGUAAAUAACUUACAACUCAUUUUCACCACGAUUUUCUCUGAUAAACAAGAAUUAUGACGAAGAAGACAUUUAUUCGAGCGCGAUAUUAAUUAAAUUAUCUUUAAUUAUAAGAUCAAUCUUCACUGCUUCACUCUGCCAUACGAACGUCCGCACGCAAAAAAAACUCACGUUUAUAAAUGCACGACAAAUGUACUAUACGCGCUUAACAUAUACAUAUGCACGGUGAAAGAUGAGCGUUGCACCAAAAAUAAAUCUAGUAAAUUAACACAAACGAACAUGUGUCUACGCAAACAGAGAGACAAUGCGAAUAGCAGCCAACAAAUGUCUACGUAAGUGUCGCAAGACGAUUCACGCUAGAUGCACCACGUCUUUUGAUCUAUCGAUAUUUCUUCUCCCUAUUUCCUUUCUUUUUAUAUGCUGAAUCUUAUGUGAUGCACACGAUCGAAUAUAUUAAUCGUGGGACAAAGAGAAAUGGUGGAAGGUCAAAGGAAAUGAUGGAAACGUAUCGACGUAUCGACGGCCGUACGACUCGACAAAUUGAAAUUAAUUGCAUCGCGAGAAUGUGUGAUCUCGCUGUGUGAUUACGCAAUCAAUGCAUGUGAGAGAGAGCGAGAAAGGGAGAGAGAAGGAGAGAGAGUGUGAAGCAGGUGUAACUACAAUGGCUGACAAUAAAGAAAUCGCGAAGAGGAAAAUACUCGGAACUGAUCGUUGAUCUUUUCAUUCGUACGACCGUCGAUCGUAGGGGUGAUGCAUAGCGUAAUAUCACGUGAAUAUGUUACUGUGUAAUAUCGUACUCAAAUAUUGAUACAUACACAUAUACACUCACAUGCGCGCACAUUCAUGAAACCUUUUUUUCUGGCCUGAUUCGUUGUUAAUUCUGUGCCGAGCCACAACACAGUUCCCUCUCGCUUGGAAUGAUAUAUAUAUAAUAUAUAUAUAAAUAAACAUAAAAAAAAUAUAUAAAUAUAUAUAUAUAUAAAUACAGAUAUAAAUAAAUAUAUAUUAUAUAUAUAAAUAAAUAAAUAUAUAUAUAUAUACAUAUAUAUAAAUACAUAUAUAUAUACUUUCGAUAUAUACGACGAAGAGACAGUUCAAAGGCAAGACGCGAGAACAAAGAAAUUAUGAUGAUUAUAUUUUAUAAAUAAAAAAAAUUGACAUGUGAUAUAGAUGGUAAGGCACGCGAGAAUGCGUUGCGAUGCAUUACGAAAGCAAAUGUAUUCUGUAUAUCGUUUCAUUAAAUCUACUAAAACGAUAAA